AUGAGCGAGGAGGAGAUCAAGCAAAUCGAUCUUCCUCCAGCUGUCCGCGACUUGAACUCGUCCCAGCAGUAUGCCGUGAAGCAUGCACUAUCGCCCUGUCCCGUCACGUUGGUGUUUGGGCCACCAGGCACUGGUAAAACCCAUACGUUGGUCAGUAUCAUCGCGGCCUUGUAUGCUAGAGGAGAUCGAAUCAUAAUUGCUGCAGCAUCUAACUUGGCGAUUGAUAACAUAGCCGAACGACUACUAGAUUUGAAACUACCGAUCACACGAUUGGGACAUCCGGCCAGAGUACUAGACUCCUUAUCUUCCUCCACAUUAGAGUACCAACUCAACACCUCCGACGAGUCCGAGAUCAUCCGCGAUCUGAAAAAGGAGAUCAACCAAAAUCUGGCCAAGUUGUCCGCUCAAGGAAAGGAAAGGGUGCGUGGCAAAGCACGCGGAUUGGUGUAUAAGGACGUGCAAGAGUUGCGGAAAGAUUAUAGACAGAGGGAGAGAGGCCACACCCGUAACAUCAUCACAUCUGCUCGAAUUGUCUGUGCUACUGCUCAUGGGGCGGGAUCUCGGCAACUUGAUAAUGAAAAGUUUGAUGUCGUGAUUAUUGAUGAAUCAACACAAGCGUUUGAAGCGGCAUGCUGGAUACCUAUAGUGAAGGCCAAGAGCAAACUGAUUCUAGCAGGAGAUCCGUUGCAGCUACCGCCCACUGUCAAAUCCAUGAAACCCCAUCAUCCACCUAAGUCCCAAAAUAAGAAAACAACGGAUCCCAAAAGUUCCAAGAAGAAAGUGAAGAACAAACCAGCUGAGCCAGACGUCACGACACAGAAUAAUGGUGAAGCAGACGUUAAGACAGAGGAUAAUGCUAAAGCAGAAGUUAAGACAGAGAAUAAUGAUGAAUCAGACGUUAAGAUACCAAUUAAAGCCGAACCAGAGGCUGACAGUUCUUCGGAAGAUGAUCAAAGCGAUUGUGCAAAACUCGGCCAGGAAGUCAAAAAGAUUUGUACAUGGGAAGAAUUUGUUGAUUACGUAGGGCUUGAGUAUCACCUGGCAGAGGUUGAUUCACUCAAGACACCAUCGCGACGGCCGCUGAUGAAAAGACCAAGGACUCUGGAAACGACGAUGUUUUAUCGUCUGUUGAAAUACCAACCUGAGAUCAGUUGUCUCUUGAAUGUCCAAUAUAGAAUGCAUGAGAUGAUCAUGAAAUUUCCGUCGGAUGAACUUUACGAAUCCAAGCUCACAGCAGCAGAUUCAGUAGCCACCCAUUUGCUCAAGGAUUUACCUAAUGUGACUCGCGAGGAAACCGAUGGUAUCGCCGAUCCAGUUUUGCUGAUUGAUACUGCUGGAAGUUUUAUGUUUGAUAGAGCUGCGGAUGAAGGUGGAGAAGGAAGCUUGUUGAAUGAAAACGAGGCUGAAUUAGUGGUCCAACGUGUCAAUGCAUUGAUUGAAUCCGGUGUACUUCCAACCCAGAUCAUGGUCAUUUCACCUUAUGCCGCACAAGUUUCCCUGUUGAACUCUCUCUUGAAGACACAGUAUCCAGCGUUAGCCAUUGGGUCGAUUGACUCGUGUCAAGGCCGUGAGAACGAAGUGGUCAUCAUUUCUCUAUGCAGAAGUAACGCUGAAGGUGUUGUCGGAUUUCUGAGCGAGAGACGUCGAUUGAAUGUUGCCAUGACACGUGCUAAGCGACAUUUGACAGUGAUAGGAGAUUCGGAUACGUUGUCCAAAGGCGGCGAGUUUCUUAAAAAUUGGAUGAACUGGCUCGAAGAUCACGCGGAAGUGAGGGUAGCAGCCAUGUAG